ACAGAGAAGACUUUCAGGCGAUUGGGUAAACUUGGUGUCACACAAUCAAGGGACAAUCUUCGCAACCUUAUGGAUGAUGUUGGAAGUGAUUGUGAGUCAACCAUUCGUGAUCUGAUUUUGUUGAAGAAAAAGAAUCUGAGGAUUGUUUUUGAUAAUAUAGACUUUAAAAUCCUGGCUAAUAUCAUCCUGAAAAAUCACCAGAACUCAGAUAUUCAUUGGAUGGCACAGUAUUGCACAUUUGACAGAUUUGCAUCUGAAAAUCUAGAUGACACAACACCACUGGUUAGCAAUAUUGAAAGUUUUGAAAACAAAGAAUAUCUGUUAUCUCAAGAAGAACUAAAUAAACUAAAGUGUGACUUCACAGUACUGGUAUCCAGAGUAUUAGUGGAAUUCUUUCCUUGCUUGUAUUAUUUGCAAAAGAAUGUCUGCAUCCAUAUACCUCACAGGUACUCUAAUGAAAUGGCCAUAAAAUCUACAGUCAUUAGCUUGCCAAUUCUUCCAUUUAAUCAAUCAAAGCAUUCUGAUGUAUGCAAGUAUUUGGAUCAUAUGCAAGAAUUUCUGCUUAAUGUUCACUCUCCAAAAUAUCAGUCAUCCAGUAAGGAAAAGAUUCUCAAGGGGGUAGAGAAAGAGUGA